UGCGUUGACCAAAACUAUCCUUGCCUUCUCUGCACACGCGUCACAAAUGACAGAGAGACUACCAGCGUUCAUCCACAUCAUUCAGUGAAGGGGGAGCGGCCGCUGCUAGGAAGAGGGGAUCUUGUUCCGUUGAUUUGGGAGGCCGGAGAUGUGGUGCGCGUCGUGCCUAGCGUCCGCCUGCGCGGGCUGCGCCUGCAACCUCUGCACGUCGGCGGCGGCGUCCAUCACCCGCCGCUCAGCCCGCCUCGCCUACUGCGGCCUUUUCGCCGCCUCCCUCAUCCUCUCCUUCCUCCUCCGCCAGUUCGCCGCGCCUCUCCUCCAGCAGAUCCCCUGGAUAAAUACGUUUGAUCAAACACCACCAGAAGAAUGGUUUCAAAUGAACGCUGUUCUUCGUGUCAGCUUGGGCAAUUUCUUGUUUUUUGCAACAUUUGCUCUCACGAUGAUUGGUGUCAAAGACCAGAAUGAUCAGCGAGACGCAUGGCACCAUGGUGGGUGGAUUGCAAAGUUUGCUGUCUGGGCUGUUCUCGUUAUUCUAAUGUUCUUUGUCCCCAACAUCGUCGUUACUAUUUAUGAGGUACUGUCAAAAUUUGGAUCUGGCUUGUUCCUUCUGGUUCAAGUCGUGAUGCUUUUAGACUUCACAAAUAAUUGGAAUGACUCGUGGGUUGAGAAGGAUGAGAAAAAGUGGGAAAUAGCUUUGCUGGUAGUAACUGUGGUUUGCUAUCUCUCUACGUUUGCCUUCUCUGGAGUGCUCUUCAUGUGGUUCAAUCCCUCUGGUCAGGAUUGUGGUCUCAACGUGUUCUUUAUUGUGUUGACAAUUAUCCUUGCUUUUGCAUUUGCAGUAAUUGCUCUUCACCCCCAGGUCAAUGGAAGUGUCAUGCCCGCUUCUAUCAUUUCUGUUUACAGUGCAUACUUGUGUUAUACUGGUCUGUCCAGUGAACCAGAUGACUAUGUCUGUAACGGGCUUCACAGGCACUCUAAGCAGGUUUCAAUGAGCUCCCUUGUACUUGGGAUGCUCACUACUGUGCUCUCUGUAGUGUACUCCGCUGUUCGUGCGGGAUCUUCCACUACUUUCCUUUCGCCACCAUCGUCUCCUAGAUCUGGUGCCAAAAAUCCUUUACUUGGUGACACUAAUGUGGAGGAGGGCAAGGCCGGUGGCGAAGCGCGCCCCGUGAGCUAUUCUUAUACCUUCUUCCACCUUAUAUUUGCCCUCGCGAGCAUGUACUCGGGCAUGCUUCUUACAGGCUGGAUGAGCGUGGCUUCUGAGAAGUCGGAGCUGAUGGAUGUCGGAUGGACGACCGUCUGGGUGCGCAUAUGCACAGAGUGGUCUACCGCAGCACUGUACAUCUGGACCCUGGUAGCUCCGCUGCUCUUUCCUGACCGGGAUUUCUCAUGAUCAAGCUGUUAUACCAUCGUGAGCAUGUCCGUUGCAGUUCUUGCAUGUUAUUCAUGAAUGUAAAGUGUUAACCUUUGGAAAGAGUGUGUGUAUAUGUCCACCACGCUUGUUGUCUUCAAAAGUAUAUACUAGGUUGGAAUUGUGAAAUCAGUAUAUGGCAAGUGAUAAUUUGAAGUUAA